UCAAAACAAUGAAUCUCCUUUCAUGCUUUUUGACUGUCAUUGCAUUGUCUGCCGAGUUGAGUAACGGAGAGUCUUACGAUAAAGACUCGGUCCAUUUCAUAAACUCUCUUAAUCCGAACAACAUUCUCAGGGUCCAUUGUCUAACGCAUGAUGAUGAUCUAGGGUAUCAUUUGUUGAGUCCUGGACAAACCUAUGAAUUCAGUUUUUAUGAAAGUAUUUUCAAGACCAAAGUCAAUUGUGCCUUAUGGCAGGGACCUGGUUUCAAGUUCUAUGCAAUCUUUACGGCAUUUAGAGGUGGCAGUUUCAUUGUCCACUAUGGUAAAAAAAACUUUUGGGAUGCAAGAGAAGAUGGUAUAUAUAUCUCUCAUGGUAAUGAUUCUCCCAAAUUAAAAUACAAGUGGUCUACCGAAGCCCUUUCACCAAUUUAUUAAGUGGACAAACAUAUAUGUUACUUGCUCAUUUGAGAC